AUGCUUAUUUCUACCUCAUUGGAGAAUGCCGCUGCUAUUGUAAUUGGCUCUGGGAAAUCAGCAUGCAAACGAGUAGACCUUUGCUUGUCAAAGGGUGUCUCAAAGGUUGUUUGGUUCUGUGGAUCAACCUCUACUGGAGGAUUUGAUUUGGGCCCAUUUCAAGAGAAUAAAUUAACUAUUGAUAAGGUACAUCUAGUACCCAUUUGUUCUUUCGACCCUUCUACUUCUUUGUUCACGUUAGGCAAUGCUCUCACUAGCUAUAUUAUUGACAUAGUCUUCAUUACCGAUACGAAAUUUCCGUUAAACGAGAAAAUAUAUGACCUCUGUAAAAGAAACCGCAUUCCCGUUAAUAUCGUAGAUUGUCCUUCCCUAUGUUCUUUUACUCUUCCGGCAUGUUGGUCAGAACCACCUUUACAGAUAGCUCUUAGUACUACUUCAAACGGUUGUCGAAUUGCGCAAAGGCUUUUGCGACAUGUUGUUAGUAGUCUGCCUCCCGGAAUCGGUGAAGCCGUACGUCGUUUUGGUGUUGCCCGUUCCUCUACCAAGAAUCCACAAAAGAGACAAUGGAUUAAUCACGUUAGUGAUUUCUGGCCCCUCGAAAAACUAAUUCGUAUGUCUGAAGAAGAUAUUCUUUCUGUUAUCUCAGAUGAUUAUAUGCUACCUCUCACCUCCAGUGAGCCCUCUUUCACUGGUAGCUCACGGACAAGUAUGUCCUCUCAAGAAGACCUUACAAAGGAAAAAGUAUCUCUUCCUUUAGACCCCAAUGAAUUUCCUACCAACAAAAAAGGCUCUAUCGUGCUUGUGGGUAGUGGACCAGGAGAUCCUGAGCUUUUGACCAUUGCUGCCCGAAAUGCUAUUCAAAAGGCCGACUAUCUCUUAGCCGAUAAGUUAGUACCUGAGUCUGUUUUAAAACUCAUCCCUCGUCAUACACCUUUAUUUAUUGCGCGGAAAUUUCCAGGAAAUGCUGAUAAAGCCCAAGAUGAGCUUCAUGAAAUCGCUUUGGAUGCAUUAAAGCGAGGUGACUAUGUAGUGCGAUUGAAGCAAGGUGAUCCUUAUAUAUAUGGAAGGGGUGGUGAAGAAGUAUUGUUUUUCCAUAAGCAUGGGUAUGUUCCAAAAGUUAUUCCGGGUAUCAGCAGUGCGCUGAUGGCUCCCGUUUCCGCGGGAAUACCCAUAACUCAACGAGGAGUAGCAGAUCAGUUUCUCGUUUGUACUGGUACAAGUCAAAAAGGUGCUAUGCCGGUAAUACCUCCAUUUGUUGCUUCCCAGACAGCCGUCUUUUUGAUGGCGCUACAUCGAUUGGAUAUUCUCGUCGAUGCUCUGUUACAGAAUGGAUGGCCUAAAGAUCUUCCUGUCUGUAUAGCAGAGCGAGUCUCUUGUCCUGAUCAACGAUUUAUUUUCUCAACUUUGGAAAUGGUAGUCGAGGUGUACAAUACAUACGAAUCACUUCCUCCUGGCUUAUUAAUUACUGGAUACAGCUGCCAAGCGUUAAGUGAAGUUCCACUAGUGAGCAGGUUUUCUCACUAA